AUGGCUAAAAAUUUCGAUCUUUGCUUUCCCAAUUCCUGUAUCGAGGCUGAACAGCAGGGUGUCAAGGAAAAUUCCCAAAAAGUAACACCAUUUGUGAAUGAUAUGCUAAAACAUUGUAUAAAUAUAAGAGCCCCAAACCAAAUAAUGUUGGAUGCUAUAAUUGAAAAAUCAAAUGCAUUUCCAAUUGAGUUUCCCAUAAAUACAUGUAAAAUAAAAUCACAGCCAAAAGACCGAUAUCUCGGAAUUGAAUUUCAAGCUAAUAGUGUAAGGCCUAUUAUACAUGAAAGAGUUUUAUGGCUUUAUGUGAAUUUUUUGGAGCAUAAAAUUGCAUAUGGAGACAAAUCUGAAAAAAAAAUUUAUCAAAAUAUGACAAUAUGUGAAUUUGUUCAACGUUUACUGGAAAAAAGAUGUGUGGCUUUUUUGGAUGGCAUUGAUUCAUACUUACUUUUGGAUGGUACGAGAGGUAGUGAAUUAUAUAAACAACAGCCUGAUUUAAAUAAAUAUUUGAGCUAUGAAGAAGUGAAGUUAUCCGCGCUGUUGUCUGUUUCAUCCCAUACCGAAUUCAUUAAUAGCGGUAGUCGAAAUAACUGUGGGAAAAUUCCCAAAAGCAACGAAAAUAUUGAAAAAGAUGGUGUAAUUAUUGGUUUGAUUGGAGCAAGAUUUGAACGUCCAAAUGAAAUGGAAUAUCAAGAUAUCUUAAUAGAAGAAAAACAAAACAAAAAAGAAAAUGGAUAUGGUUAUUAUAAAUUAGAUGAAAAAUUUGAACUUAUUAACACUCCAAAUAUUCCUGAUGACGAAAUGAUAAAGAAAAAAAUUGAGUAUCGCAAGUUGUGGAAUAAUUUCUACAAUGAAACCGAUUUUGAGUAUAAUAAAGCAGUUUCAUAUUUUGCUAGUGAAAAUAAUAACGGUCGUUUAACAAUAUGUAGAUCAAGACCAUUGGAAUUAUUUGAUACAUUAAUUAUGAAAAAACGUUAUGCUAUAUCAUUUGAUACACUCCUCCUAGAUGCUGAGUCAAGAGCUUCUGUUCUUAAAAAACCAGCAUUUAUUCAUGUUGUUGGAAUUGGUCUUGGUGUAUGGAAAUGUUGUAAGGAACAGGAAAACAUAUUUUUGGAAACUUUUAAAAAUCGCAUUUAUUUAUUAAAAAAUCAAUUAAAGCAUGUAAAGUGUAUUAAUUUUGCAAGAAUUCUAAAAGAUGAUAUGAAUGAAAAAUUAAAAUUGGGUGAAUUUUUUGAAAUAAAAGAUCAUCCAUAUGGUGGAAUAAAAUUUUUGUAUUCAAAUAGGGAACCGCAUUUAAAAUUGGAAAAGGAAUUUUCUGAUUGUCUUCUUGUUGCUUCUUAUGCCUGGGAUGGGAAUGCAUUGCCAGGCAAUGAAUUUUGGAUGGGUUUUUUAGCUGCUAGUGGUGAUCCGGCAGCUGCAUGUAGUACUCUUAUAACUGAACUACAUAAUACACAUAUAAAUAAUCAAACAUGUAACGGUAACAAUUUACAUAUUGCAACAUUUGAAAGUGGAGUGAUUCAUAUUGCAGAUUAUGCAAAAAAAGUAUUAAAUACUAAUUAA